AUGUCCCAAGCCAUGUUUGGGCGAUUGGCAGAUAUGGAACGUCAGGUUGAGCAGCUCCAGAAAUCUCAGGGCUCGGGUAUACCUUCUGGUACCACAACAGUUGAACAAACAUCUCAGACUGACGCGGUGACACAACUCAACCCACCUACCAACAGCGGCAGGGAAACGGCUAAGCCUCCUACGUUCAUUUAUAUUAUCAUAGGUGCUUGCUCCCUGUUGUCGCCAGAAGGUGCCAAGAAGGUUGACUACAUCAUUGGAGACAGCAGAUUCUCCAACUUGAUCCAAGGUGUGCUGCGCCAAAUCCGGCAACGCCCAGGGCGUCCAACACUCCAGGUUUUUGAUGCCGUAGAACACCAUUUCCCUCCCAAUAAUAUUGCGAUGGACCUUGUGGACGAUUUUCUCGCUUCUCAAAACCAUGCCUUGGGAGUGUUUCGAGCAGCCGAAGUACGUGAAGUGCUACAGCAACACAUUUACGGGGAGCCUACAACCAGAGUAGGAGCUAGCAUGUGUUUGAAUGUUAUUGUUGCACAUUCCAUACGAAAACGUGAUAAAAUGCAAGUGGCUUGGGACUAUGAGAAGUACAUUUUCAAUGCACUCCGAUACCUGCCAAGCGCCCUUAUUGAACAGCCCGAUCCGUUGACUAUUGGCUCCCUCAUCUCUUUGGUUCGCUAUUUCAUUUUCACGGGAGAUAAUCACAUUGCCGUAUCUCUUCUAGGCUUAACCGUUCAGCUUGUCUUAUUGGCGGGUUAUCACCUAAAGGACAACCUCUCAGAUCUCAAUGCCGCAGACAUGUUACACCGCCGACGUCUUUUUUGGCAUGCUUACAUUAUCGACCGUGAUCUAAUGCUCCGGAUCGGCAAACCUCCUAUCAUUAGCGAGGAGUUUCUCGUUGACCUACCCGACGCGCAGCCUCUUGACGGCUACAGUAUCUUCUACUACCCUGGCAACGUGCAUGUCAACUACUUCCGCCAGCAAGCUGAGCUGGCUGAAAUUCAGGGGAGAAUCUGGCGUCGAAUUUACUCUCGUGUUGACAACGAGAGCUUUUCUAGAUCUCAGCUCGAAGCAGAGAUUAUUUCUCUCGACACCGAGCUUCAAAGCUGGCGCAAAAAGCUUCCAGAUAUAACUCAAUCGAUAGCCGAAGCGGUCCCAUCCAGCUCAGCAGGCAACAAGAUGAAGAUCUUGACAGUCCUGCAUUUCGCGUACUUCCAGACAGUGGUUGCUGUAGGUUUCACAGGGGGUGAAACAGGGGGUGAAACGGAAUUCCGUUCGUCAAUAACAAAUAACAGUAAAUUGGUUCUAAUCGAUGGUUCAUGA